GAUCACGAAUGAAAAUGUACCUUAAAAACCCUUUCGGUUUCGUUUGCAUUAGGAAAUAUAUUUCCUUGUCGCAUCAGAGCGAAGCCAAGCUGUAUUUUCGCUUCAAAUUUGAUUAAGGUAUAGUCUACAUUCUUCUUAUAUUUGAUUUAAUCAUUAUGGCACUUUUCGACGUAAGUGGUUAUAAGUCCCACGCGGGACUUCGUGGGCAGAUUCUUGGAACAGGAGUAGGGCAUUUUAUUGACCGACCGAAUCAGGAAUUUGCUGUCCCUGUUGGAGUGGAUCCCUCAGGGUUCCUGAAGUCAUGCAGCCGUGAAGGUGGUGUGUCCAUAGAUCUGAACCAUGGAACAACUACACUGGCUUUCAAAUUCCGCCAUGGUGUCAUUGUGGCCGUGGACUCCAGGGCCUCAGCUGGCAGCUACAUUGCGUCAAAGGAGGCUAACAAGGUGAUAGAGAUCAAUCCUUACCUGCUGGGGACCAUGUCUGGCAGUGCUGCUGAUUGCCAGUACUGGGAGAGACUGCUGGCUAAGGAGUGCAGGCUGUACAAACUGAGGAACAAGCAGAGGAUCUCAGUGUCUGCAGCCUCUAAGCUGCUGUGUAACAUGAUGCUGGGCUACAGGGGCAUGGGCCUCUCCAUGGGCAGCAUGAUCGUUGGCUGGGACAACAAGGGCCCUGGUUUGUACUAUGUGGAUGAUAAUGCCACACGUCUCUCUGGUCGGAUGUUCUCUACUGGUUGUGGUAGCAGCUAUGCAUACGGAGUGAUGGACAGCGGUUACCGUGAGGACAUGACGGUAGAGGAGGCGUACGAGCUGGGCCGCCGUGGCAUCACCCACGCCACGCACAGAGACGCCUACUCUGGAGGAGUGGUCAACCUGUACCACAUGAAGGAGGACGGCUGGAUAAAGGUGUGUAAGGAGGACGUGUCAGAGCUGAUCCACCGCUACAGGAAGGGCAUGUUCUGAUCAUAGAUCAGUUUCUACACCCACACAGACACACUGUGUUCUCUCUCAACUGAUCCCAGCACUGCUCCAAAUAAAGACAAUUUUCAAACCGCA